AUGUACUAUUCGUUCGCAUCGCCGUUUGCCGAUUUGGGAAACGCCGGAGUGACCCGGUCCCCAGCCCGGCCGACGGAAAGCGCUUCGACGUUCCCCUUGGACUUAUCGUCAAAAACCCCUCCACUCGCCAGAGAUUUAUUCGACCAGCAACGAGCAGCUCUAGCGGCCGCUUCGAUGCUGUCGAGUAGAGCUUUCUCCGAAUGGUGUCCAAGCAUUAUGGGGGGCUGUGGCGGUGGGGCUGCAAGCCCUGUCAUCCCGUCGUCCGAAUCGUCGUCUUCGUCUUCGUUGUCGUCGUCGUUGCCGUCUAGCCUCAAAGGAUUUGCCGAGAGCAAAAGUCCUCCAUUGGCUCUGCCGCCGCAAAGUUCCGCGUUCCUCGAAAAGCAAAAGCAACUAGCGGCGUUGAUGUUCUCCUGUCACGCGGCGCUCAUGGAUCCCGUGGCGAUGUUCCGAGCCCAGAGUCUGCAACACGCUUUCGCAAGUCAGGGGCCCCAGUUCGGUCCCGCGCCCCCCGUAUUCCCCGCUUUCGACGCGUCCAUGUGGACCGCGAGGGGUUUCGACGCGAGUUCCCGCAGUGACGAGGCGACGACGAACACCCAGAUCCCGACGAACCAGCAACAGCACCAACAACAGCAGAGCAGUAAUGGACAACAGCAGCCCCCGAAUCUCACCCAGCAAGAGCAGCAACACCAAAAUCUAAACCAACAGGCACAAAUUGUACAGCAAGAGCAACAGUGUCAGAAAGAGCAGCAGCAGCAACAACAACAGCACCAACUAAUACAGAAUCCACCCCAACAACAUCAACAACAACAGCAGCAGCUUUUGCAGCCGAAAGCUCCGCUAACGAGCAUCAAGACCGAGAAAACAUUCCAACCUUGGAAGGACGAUGUUGUAAAGCCCAAGAAGACGCCCUUCAACAUCGAAGCGCUUAGUAAACCGGACGACAACACUUCGACAACAACGCCAAACGGUCCCGCCGUCAAAGAUGACGCUGUCAAAGUUGAAUUCAAGUAUAGUCUACAUCCGAAGAAACGCCGUCUCGCCUCACCGGAAACUUGCGUUGAUACAUGCGGAACGUCAUCUGCUGUUCUGAAACCGAAGAAACGCUUGGUACAAGUCCUCCAGAAAUGGGACGAAGCCUCGGCAGCUUCGGCCCUGGUCGGCACCUCGAUGUCGACGUCACCCACGAUCGCGAGCCUCGCGUCAUCAGCUGUGAGCGAUCAGGAGCAACAAGAGUCUCUGUUGCAUCGAGCCGCUCGGACCGGAAAUCUCGAAAUGGUAAAUUUCUGUCUGGAACGCUGCGGCGAGGUAGACAUCAAUCAGAAGGGUCGGAGUAAUACAACGGCUCUCCACGAAGCAGCUGCGAACGGUUUCGUGACCAUCGCUAGAGUUCUGCUGGAGAAAGGUGCCCACACAGAAUCGGAAACCGUGACUGGACUACGGCCGAUUCACGAAGCUGCUGCUAAGGGCCACACCGAGGUGGUCAGAUUGCUGCUGUCGUUCGGAGCAGAGGCGAACGCCAAGACGUAUUCGGGCGAGACUUCUGCGAAUAUUGCGGGAAUGCUCGACUUCAAAAUUAUCAAACAAUUACUCGAGGAGUUUUGCGAAGACAACUCGUUCGUUGACGAGCAGGGCGCUAUAGACAACAAUAUUCCGUCGAAGCGACGACCUUGGACAUUUUUCGGAAACGCCACUUGUAUUGAUCGUUGUCAUGCCGAGGCGGGUUUCGAUGUUCUUCAAGGCGCUCCCGACUUUUCUCUCGUCCCGGAGAUCGCGAUCCGAACCUUCAGGGUUCUGCGACAUUUGGAUGACGGCUCUCUGCAAACGUUGACCUGCGCUCAUCUCGACGAACUGAUUGCGUCAACGGGUCUUACAGACGUCGGCGUCUUCCUGAGGACGAUUGGCGACGAAAUUUCGAACCAAAUCGUUUUCAACGUCGACAAAUCGAUGGAGUCGGACGCGUUCUCCAAAUAUUAUCCUCAUUUGGCUAACGUUCGCGCCAUUCGCUGGGACGAGGAAUCGAAGCGGCUCCUCAGUCAGGCUCUGUCUCGUGGCCAGGAGACAGUUCAAGCGGGACCUUCAACUCCACCUCAAGCGCCGCCGCCGACCUAA